AUGGAUAACGCAGAGGAGAUACAUUCAGAUAUGUUUGCUUUGCUGAAUUUCGCCUUUGAUAAAGGGGUGAAAGUAAAAGGUGCAGCUGAAGUUGGAAAAAGAGCAGUUGAGUAUUUUAGAGGAGAUGAUUUUGCAGCUUUUUUAAGUAGCAAUCAAGAUGUUUUAAAGAAAAAAUUUCCAAAAUUAAUAGGAAACCGAAAUUUAUCGGAAAAUAAAGAAAUAGAAGAAUUUGCUGAGUUGUUUAUACAAAGAGGGUUUAUAUAUAAAGCUCAAUAUAAACCAUUUAAAGGGGUACAUGAAAUGGAUGAAAAUGGAGUAUAUAAAAGACCCAAAUGGCCAAAGAGGUUAAUUAUGACUUCAAAUCAAAAUUUUGAUAAAGCAGGUUUUUAUAUUUUAGUUUACGAAAGAAAUAAGAAAUUACAAUAUUUUAUGUUAAUAACACUAAUCUCAAUAGUUUUAAUAUGUUGUAUGUUUCCUGCUUGGCCAUUGAAGUUGAAAUUGGCAUUGUGGCAUUUAUCAGUUGGAUUUAUGACAUUUUUAUCAGCAAUAAUAGUUGGAAGACUAGUCGCUUUUGUUUAUUUUUGGUUUUUUGGUGUUGAUUAUUGGAUAUUUCCAAAUUUAUUUGAUGAAGAAUGCAGUAUUGUUGAAUCCUUUAUUCCAUUUCAUUCAUGGGAACGUAGAAAUGAUACCUGGUUUUUAGUAUUUGCUAGAAUGGUUACCGCUGUUUUAUUAGCUAUAGGUAUACAUCAGUUAGGAAAAACUCAUUCAAUUUCUGAUAUUCAAAAUUUUGCAAAGCAAUCUUUUAUUGAUAUAAUAGAAUGGGGUAAUAAAAAAUUAGCUGAUGGCCCCGAAAAUAAUUUUACGUAUAAAUCUAUCGAUUCAAAAGCCACAUUUGAGGGUCAAGAAGAUGUCGAAGAUCCAGAAGAUCAAAUCAUUUAUGAUGAAAAUGAGGAAAAUUAUGACUGUUUGAAAAAAUGUGGAUUUCCACCUUUUGAAGAAUUAGUUAGAAGAUGCUUCUUAAAAUGUGAUUGCAUGGAGAAAAUUAUCAAAUCACAUUGCUACACGAAAAAAUGCUCCAAGGCAACAAAGGAAGUUUUAGAUGAGGCCCACAAGGAGGCAUGUUUCAAAAAGAUUAAAAAAUAA